AUGGCCGACGAUCAAGCAAAAAAUGACCGCGCAGCUGUCACAGCAAAUUUGAACGACCAGAAAACCCUCGCACAAUUGUCAUCUUCCGGAAAAGCUGCUCAAGACGCUAGGCCCAGUGCGAUGGCACGACAUGCGAAGCGGAAACAGGCUGAAGAUCAGGCUCGGGCUCAGGCUGAGGCUCAGGCACGAGAGGCAGGAGGUAGCAAGGAUAGUGGCGGUGGAAAGGGUGGACAAGGACAGUAA